AUGGUGGCCCCGCAGGGCAAGGACCUGUAUGAGCCCAUCUCCUUCAGGAAGGACCUGCUGGCCGGCGGUGUGGUGGCCGCCAUCUCCAAGAUGGCGGUGGCACCUGUCGAGCAGGUGUUGCUGCAGGGGCAGGCCUCGUCCCAGCAGAUCCAGGCGGACCAACAGUACAAGGGCAUGGUGGACCGCUUCGUGCGCAUCCACGGGGAGCAAGGAUUUUUCAGCUUUUGUUGUGGCAAUCUGGCAAAUAUUAUAUGGUCUUUCCCAACACAGGCUCUAAACUUUGCUUUUAAGGACAAAUACAAACAUAUUCUCUUGCCCAAAGUGGAUUAAAGAAAAACAGCAAUUUUUGUGUUUCAGUUCUGGAAAUGGUUUUCGGCAAACCUGGCUGCUGGCGGAGCAGGAGGAGCAACAGCCACGUGUGUAGUGUGCCCGUUAGACUUCGCAUGAACUCAUUUAGCGGCUGAUAUUGGGAAAGGUGCUGCUGAGCAACAGUUCCAGGGACUUGGUGACUGUAUUAUUAAAAUUGCAAAGACAGACGGACCUCCUGGCCUGUACCGGGGUUUUGGCGUUUCAGUACAGGGAAUCAUUGGAUACCCAGCCUCCUCUUUUGGAUGUUGUGACGCCAUUAAGGGAUUAUUGCGAAAUCCAAAACAAACUCCAUUCAUUGUUUCCUUUUUCAUUGUUCAAGUUGUGACUACUUGCUCAGGAACGCUGUCUUAUCCUUUUAACACUGUCAGGAGACGCACGAUGAUGCAGAGCAGGGAGACUGAACAUCAAGAUAAAGGGACCGUUGACUGCUUUAUGAAAAUAUACGAGCGAGAGGGGCUUAAUGCUUUCUUCCGUGGAGCAUUCCCCAACACCCUUCGUGGAACAGGAGGAGCCUUAGUGCUUGUUCUCUAUCACAAAAUUAAGGACAUUUUUAAGCUCGACGUUUGA